AUGGGUUUGGUGACAAAAUUGGAAUUGGAAAAUACAGCGUUGAGUGGCCGUUGGCUGGAAGAGAAGACCAAAUUUAAUUUUCAUAGUAGUGUUUUUUUCAAUCGAACUGUAGAAGAAUCUGUUCCCCUUGUAAUCGGUGAUAGUAGUUUGCCCUGCCAUCAGGUUCCUUCUGUUAAAAAUGUGAUCACCACGAAGAAGUCAUCCAAUUGCCGUCCCAAUUGUAUUCGACAGUUGCAAAAUGAAAGCGAUGAUGAGGAUGAUGAUUCGGUGGAGGUUCCCCUCUUGAUGCAGAAGUGCAUGCUUGAAAAUCAGUGGAAUCUUUCUGCUGAAGAGACAUUGACUGCUUCUCCACAACAUGAAAAGAACUGUAAGAAGAUGCAUAUUAAUUGCUCAGGGACAUCUGCUAGGCGGAGAAGAAUGCAUUCUCGACAAAGAGUUCUUGGUCGGAAAAGCUCAGCUACACCUAUCAGUGCAACCAAGCUGCUGAGAUCAAUACUUGGUCGGAAAAGUUCAGCUACACCUUCAACUGUCAAAAGGAUUCAAGUUGGUCUUCAUGUGGAAGAGCAAAAAUCAAGGCUGAAGGAAAGACUGGGAUGUGAAACUUCUGAUUAUCAACUUGCUCUUUCCUUGAAAUUGUCCCGUACUGAUUUACGAUCUACAUUGAUGGAGUGUUCCUUGGCAAGAGAAAGGUUUUCAAUGAGCAGUGUUCGUCUUGUCAUGUCAAUCGCUCAAAGAUAUGAUAACAUGGGUGCUGAAAUGACUGAUCAACUCAAAUGUUGUGCAUUCAAAAUUUAG